AUGGCUCAGACUAUAGAGUUAAGAGAACAACGAAAGAGAACAUGUUUGAUUGCUUCACUUGUAGCUUCCCUGCAAGAAGACGAAGAAGCGGAGGCGAAAAAAAGUGAAGAUCAAAAAAGAGGUCUCUCACGAGAAGAAGUGUUACAAGAGAUCCUCUUUUUUAUGGUUGCUGGCUUUGAAACGACGUCUACCGCGUUGGCCUGGUUCAUUCAUGCAAUGAGCAAAUAUCCUGAUGUACAACGCAAGAUCAAGGAAGAGCUGAUGAGCAUUGGUGAUAAUCAGAGUUUGACAUUAAAUCAACUCGAUUCUUUAGUCUAUUUGGAUUGUGUUAUCAAUGAAACGUUGCGUUUUUAUCCAGUUGCUCAGGCAACCUGUCGUACGUUGACAGUUGACGAUCGUCUUCCUGAAAAUAACGUUCAAUUGUAUAAAGGCGAUACAGUUGUCAUUCCAUUUAACACUCUGGCACAUGAUCCUCGAUAUUGGUCAAUCGAUCCUGAACGUUUUGUUCCAGAGAGAUUUUUAGACGAGGAUAAAAAUCAUCAUCCAUACGUAUUUAUUCCGUUCGGUGGUGGUCAUCGUCAAUGUAUUGGACAAGAUUUAGCACGAUUUGAACUUAAAGUGAUUAUCGCAAGAAUGUUACAACAAGUUACAUUUGGCGAUGGUGGACCGAAAGUUAAUUCAGGUGGACAUGUGAUAGGUCUCACCAUUACACCGAAAAAUGUUGGUGUUACCAUCGAGUUUCCAUGA